AUGAGAGGGUUAACCAUAAUUCCAUUAUUCUUUCUUUUGGGUUCCGCAUUGUUGUUGAUCUUAACAGUCAUCAACGGUGCUGGAACUUCAUCAAUUCUUGGAAAGUUUUACUGGUCGGAAACUGACACCUCAGGAAUCCAAGGAGCCCCAUUUCAAACCACAAGAUGGACUUUUUAUCGUACCUGUGAUGUUGUAGACGGUCGCAAUGCAAACUGUGUGAAAUCCAAGCCUGCUUAUCCUUACUCACCAAAGGACAAUUUCGGUACUGAAGAUGGGUUACCACAAUCUUUCAUCAGCUCAAGAAAUACUUACUACUAUUUGAGCAGGAUCGGGUGGGCAUUUGUCCUCGUUGGGUUGUUCUUCACCGUUAUUUCCCUCAUUGUUAUCCCUCUCAACUUUUGCUUGCUGAUCGGAGGUGCAUUAACAUCGAUUUUGACAUUCAUUGCAUUCCUCUUCACCAUUGCUGCUGCUGCAUUGAUUACUGCUGCUCACGUGAAAGGCAGAAAAGCAUUCAAUAAUGCCGGUCAUCAUACUAGCUUGGGUGCAAAAGCUUUUGGAAUUUUGUGGGCAGCAGUGGCUACUUUAUUGAUUUCAUUUGUGACCAGUAUCUUAGCAGCCUUUGGAACCAAAAGAGGAAACAGGAGAAGAUCUGGAUCAGGUGUUGAUGAUGAAGGUGCUUAUGCUGCUAACAACGGUAAUGCUUAUGGUAAAUCAAGUGGUGAUUAUGUUCAAGCUGAUGAUGCCAAUGCUGGUUAUGGUGUUGGUGAUGCUUCUGCUGGAAACGGUUUACAUGAUGGUUCUGAUGCCUCAAAGUUUAGGUUUUUCAGAGUCAAGAGAGCAAAGCCCGAGGAGAUUUAA